CCCUCUCUGGUUGUACACUCGUGCUCUAGAGUUGUGCUAAUUAGAAUCAGCUGGUUUAAAUGAAUGGUUGGCACAGCCUAUGUAGGACUUUCACUUUUGUUUAAACUGGAUUUGUCCCACCUCUGCCCAUCUCUAUGGUCAAGGGUAAAAUUACCCUUUUAUUGGUUGGACAAAAGUUUCAGUUUCAGUUUUGAAGAAAACGAAAGAACGAACUCAAAAUGGCAUCGGGAAACAUUGAAACGUCAUGGCUAGAGGAUGAAAUAUCUUGUUCAAUUUGCUAUGGGAUCUACAAGAAUCCUGUUUUAUUAUCAUGUAGUCACAGUUUCUGCAAAGGCUGCGUUCAAGAAUUAUGGAACAAAACAGCCACGCAUGAAUGUCCACUCUGUAGGAGAAAAUCCUCCAAAGAUUCCCCCCCUUUAAAUCUAGCACUGAAACAAGUCUGCGAACUGAUUUUGAAGGGGAAAGCGCAGAUUGGAGUCAGUAAAGUCCUCUGUCCUCUUCACGGAGAGAAUCUCAAGCUUUACUGCAAACAGGAUGACCAGGCUGUCUGCGUUGACUGCAUUGGAUCAGGGCAACACCAAAAUCACGAUGUUUGUCGGUUCAAUGCCGUAGUUGAGGAACGAAAGGAGAAGUUAAUGACUGAUCUGAAGCCCCUGAAAGAAAAGAUUGACAACUUGGAUAAGCUCAAAAGAGACUGUGAUGGGUCUGCAACAUUCUUAAAGAAACAGGCGGAUAAAACUGAAGCCGUUAUCAGAUCAGAGUUUGAGAAACUUCACAGGUUUCUGGAUGAGGAGGAAUCUGCCCGCAUAGCCAGUCUGAGGAAAGAGGAGCAACAGAAAUCCCUGAUGCUCCAGGACAGUGUGGAAACAAUUACCAGCAAGCUGGCAUCUCUCUCAGCUGUGAUAGAGAGCAUUGAACGUGAUAUGGAGAUUCCAGAUAUGGAAUUCCUGCAGAAUUUCAAGAAGAUCAAGACAAGGGUGCAUUGUACACUACAAGAGCCUCACACUAUUCCUGUGCCUUUGAUUGAUGUCUCUAAGCACUUAAGUGCUCUGAGGUAUAGUGUCUGGGAGAAAAUGCUUGGAACGAUUAAUCACUAUCCUCUGACCCUGGAUCCCAUAUCGGCCCAUCCUCAGCUUGCCUUGUCUGACGAGCUGACCACCGUCCAUUACAGCAUCCGGGGGAAGAGCCUGCCCAGUAACCCCGAGCGCUUUGACCUGUAUGUCUUCGUGCUGGGCUCCGAGGGCUACAGCCACGGGGUCCACAGCUGGGAGGUCGAAGUCGGCAACAAACCCAACUGCCGCAUCGGCGUGGCUCGCGAGUCCGUGCCCAGAAAGGGCAACUUCACUGUGUCUCCCAAAGAAGGCUUCUACACCAUCACCCUGAGGAAGCGCGAGCUCCGUGCCGGGACCAGCCCAGAGACGCGUCUGGAGUACGGCAGGAAGCCGCAGAGGAUCCGCAUUCAGCUGAACUGCGAGCAGGGCGAGGUGACCUUCAGCGACCCCAGCGAGGGCACACACAUCUACACCUUCAAGGACACAUUCACUGAGAAAAUGUUCCCUCUCUUUGGCCCAUCAAAAGAUUCUGCUCAACUUCGCAUCUGCCCCAAGGGUGUUAGUGUCCAACAUGAGCAGUGAUGUGUUUGCAUUGGAAAAUUUUUCAAGUAAAUGUCUGAAUGCUGUAAGUCUUACAGUGUGAUUUAUAUAAGCAGAUGCUCAAUACCUCAACAGGAGAUAAAGCAUUUGACGAGGUAUUUAUUUAUGGUAAUCCGCUUACCUUAAAGGGAUAAUCCGGAGUGAAAUGCACUUUAGAUAAAUUUUUCGGACUAUUGGGAGUACAUACGUUGAGUUGACACCAAAAUCAUGUAAUUCGGAUGUAUUUUGAGAAAGUUCGAGCUCACCGUUUUUAGCCAAAACUCGUUAGCCUGGAAGUGACGCGGGCAUGUCUUUCGCCGCUACAAACCCUAUUUUUAUACCUCUUCUACUGUUCCAAACAACACUACACUUACGUGGUAGUGAGUAGAGGGUCCCUAAAGCCAAACCGAAGUAUCCCCACGUCUUUAUGUGGUCGGAUAGAGAGUCCAGAAUAAAUUUAAUCGAGUCAGUACCUUUCCGGAAAUGUCGCUGCUGCAGCUGGCAACGCUAAAACAACACUUUAUUAACAUUUCCGGAAAGGUACUGACUCGAUGGUUUUGGUGGUUUUGGUGGACAUGGUUUUGGUGUCAACUCAACGUAUGUACUCCCAAUAGUCCGAAAAAUUGAUCUAAAGUGCAUUUCACUCCGGAUUAUCCCUUUAAGUUUAUGUAAGAAUCACUUCCGCAGGCCUGUGCCUGGGAAUAAGAACAUUGAACUUUUAGAUAACUGCCUUGGAAUGAUAUUUUUCAUGACACUUCUCCAGUGUUCUCCUUCCCCUGUUUUCUAAAGUACAUUCCUGUGCGGAUCACAUGUUGCUGUAAUUUAAGUGAGGCUUUUGGUAGAUAAAUGAAAAUAUACAUGUUUUUUGGAUCUAACGGGCUAGAGUAGUUACAUUGUAAAUAACAGUGUACAUGUACUUUACGUAUAAAAAAAUAUAAUGAGGAAAAUAUAACAGUAUUCAUGUUUGUAAUUGUAUAAAUUAAUGGUCUGCAGCAUAACAAGUUCUUUGAUAAA